UAGAAAUAUAGAUUUGGGAGCUACGGGUCGGCGCACGCGGCCUCGGUCCGGUUGACUUUGCGGAGCCAUGGAGGGCGGCUUCGGCUCCGAUUUCGGGGGCUCCAGCAGCGGAAAGCUGGACCCAGGGCUCAUAAUGGAGCAGGUGAAGGUGCAGAUCGCCGUGGCCAACGCGCAGGAGCUGCUGCAGAGGAUGACGGACAAGUGUUUCCGGAAGUGUAUCGGGAAACCUGGGGGCUCCCUGGACAACUCUGAGCAGAAGUGCAUCGCCAUGUGCAUGGACCGCUACAUGGACGCCUGGAACACCGUGUCCCGCGCCUACAACUCGCGGCUGCAGCGGGAACGAGCCAACAUGUGACUGGCGAGCCCGCGGGCCGCCCCGCCCCGUUCAUUUCCAUAAACGUGGUCUGAGAGGCGGGGCCUGCAUGUGCGUACUGCCUGCUCGAGGCUUAGCGGGGUGGCACCGGUGCUGGGACAGACGGGACUGUGUCCUCGCCACCCCCCCACCUUGUCCCCUGCCAGCCAGUGCAGCUUGGAUAUCGGGGGUGGGGGGGCCCUGUGCCUUCCCAAAGUGCUGGCAGCCCAGUGGCACCUCCUUCAGGCCUUUGGGGUCUUCCCCUAGUGGGCCCAGGUCAGCCUCAUAUUUUCUGGGCGGAGAACUCUUGUCUAGACUUUGGAGGUGGGGGUGGUCAGACCCCACCGGAGCUGUCACCUCCUGCGGAAGGGCAAAUAAAUUGGUGGAGGGCGGAAAAAAAAAAAAAAAAAAA